UUUUUUUUCAGAUCUGUCUUCUAAUUACGUUCAUACCUCGUCCAAGGGAAAAAAAAAAAUGUCAAAAAAGAACAUUGAGAAAGCUUUUAUAAAAUAUGUAAAGGAGUAUCAAGAUAUCAACGGAGUUCAACCAGUAAUAUUCAACGGACCCCCUUCACCUCUCGAGUUUCUUCAAAAGUGUGUUCAUCCAAAUAGACCAGCCUUGAUCAAAGGUAGUAUUGAUCAUUGGCCAGCAAAGACAUUAUGGACUGAUGACUAUCUCCGAGACAAGAUGAAAGAUCAAGAGGUGACAGUAGCUGUAACACCCAACGGUCGUGCAGAUGCUGUAACGAUAAAUCCUCGUACAGGGAAAGAGUAUUUUGUGAUGCCUCAUGAAGAACAAAUGAAGUUUGAUACCUUCCUAAGUCAUUUACAUCAAGAUCAGAUAACAACAACAACAACAAAGAAACCUGUUUAUUAUAUAUCAUUACAGAAUGGUAGUCUUCCGUUAGAAUACAGCCAACUUGAACAAGAUAUAGAUCCUGAGAUUUCCUGGUGUUCUCAAGCUCUAGGAACGAGUCCAGAUGCUGUGAAUUUUUGGUUUGGAAAUGCUGAAAGUGUCACUUCGUUGCAUAGUGAUCCUUAUGAAAAUUGUUAUGCUGUUAUUAGAGGCCAAAAAACUUUUAUUUUAUUCCCACCCACUGAAUACAUGUGUCUCCAUGGUAAUCUAGGAAUCCCCCCUUUUUUUUUAUUGUGAUGAUGUUAUCAACUGACCUUUUUUUUUCUCCUAAUAGAGACCAUCUAUUCUAGUGCAAUAUAUACUCCUAUUGAUCCAUCCAUCACGUCUUUUGAAAUCACACCUUUGGAUGGGGAAAAUCAUCAAGUCCCAUGGAUUCCUGUAGAUCCGCUGUCUCCUGAUUUAGAAAAAUAUCCCAGGUUUCGGUAUGCACGACCGAUCACCAUCACUGUUCAAGCAGGGGAAAUGUUAUACCUUCCAUCCCUAUGGUUUCAUCACGUAUUGCAAGAUGGCCCUGAUGGUGUGAUUGCUGUGAAUUAUUGGUACGAUAUGAAUUAUCAACAUUCUCUUUUCCCAACAAAAAAUCUUUCACGUAGAAUUGUAUCAGAAUUACUAGAUGAUCAACCAUCACUUGAUCCUCCUGAUGACGAAAC